GAGCUGCAGUUGCUUCUCUCUCUUCUCUUCCUUCUCUCUAUUUAUUGGUGUACUAUUUUCUCUCUUUUAGUGCUAGUCGUCUAGCUACCAAUCUCACUCCUCUCUCCUCACUUUCCAUGAUUCUCUGGCCGCUUCUAUAUGUACACACCCAAGUAUAAAAGAGAGCAAAAGCUGCAAGUCCCCUUUGCUUAUUAGGGUGAAAGAAUUCCAGUAAUUAAACUCAAAGCUCAGAGAAUGGGACGAUCACCAUGCUGCGAUAAGGUUGGACUCAAGAAGGGACCAUGGACUCCCGAAGAAGAUCAGAAACUCUUGGCUUACAUUGAAGAACAUGGUCAUGGUAGCUGGCGCGCCUUGCCUUCUAAAGCUGGGCUUCAGAGAUGCGGAAAAAGCUGCAGACUGAGAUGGACUAAUUAUCUGAGACCUGAUAUCAAGAGAGGCAAGUUCAGUCUGCAGGAAGAACAAACAAUCAUUCAACUUCAUGCUCUCUUGGGAAACAGGUGGUCUGCCAUAGCUACUCACUUGCCGAAAAGAACUGACAACGAGAUCAAAAACUACUGGAACACUCAUCUCAAGAAAAGAUUAACCAAGAUGGGGAUCGAUCCCGUCACUCACAAGCCUAAAAACGAUGCCAUACUCUCCUCACACGAUGGUCACCUCAAAAGCACGGCUAAUCUCAGCCACAUGGCACAAUGGGAGAGUGCUCGCCUCGAGGCCGAAGCAAGAUUAGUCAGGCAAUCCAAGCUUAGGUCUAAUUCUCCACCACCCAUCACUACCACUACUACUACUACUCUGAACAAGCCGAUGGCCCCGCCGCCUCUUUGCGUUGACAUACUCAAGGCAUGGAACGGGGCUUGGGCAAGUAACAAUGGCAUUGGCCACCAUGAGUCUCCUACAUCAACUACUGUUAGUUACAAUAUUACAAAUGCUGUGGAGAAUAAUGCAAGUUUUAAAGAAGAAGGUAAUAUUGAGGAUGACGGAAAGCGAUUAGUUUCGGAAUUUAAACAAGGAAUUGAGAAUGCAAUUUCGGGACUAAGUGAUGUGCCGAUACUUCCUAUGGAAAUUGCAUGGCCAACCCAAGAAUCCCUAAUUAGGGUUGAUCAUGACGAUGAUAUAACUGAAAAUAUUAAUGAUCAGCAUGUUCCAAGUGGUAAUUUCGUGGAGAAUUUCACCGAUCUUUUGCUCAACAAUUCCGGCAAGGCUGACCGGAGCCCAUCGGACGGCGAUCAAGAGUCCUGUGAUAUUGCUGGUGCGCCGUUGCCAAUGGGAAGUGCGAGUGGAUACUUCGAAGAUAACAAGAAUUAUUGGAAUAGUAUUCUUAAUUUGGUGAAUUCUUCUCCGUCUCAUUCUCCCAUGUUCUAGGAAAGCUUGUUAGUUUAAACAUUACUUAAUUAUAAUUAUUAAAUUGGUCAAAUAAAUCCCAGUUUAUGUAUAAUUAUGAACCACGGGGGUUCCUCUUGAAAUAUUUUCAAUAUUACGUGCAUGUGUUUGUGUC